GGUGUUGUCUUUUCCGGGCUUACCUUGAACGCAGCACCGUGCUCCUGCGGGUGACCCGCCGAUUCUCUCCGCCUCGCCGAGCCGCACGGAUGCGUCGUGUUUGCGGGGAUGGAGACGUUGAAGUCCCGCGGUGGAGUUUCAGAAAGCAGCCGGUGAGAGGAGCACGGAGCGCCGGAGGAGCCCAGCAGCGAUGGGCGAGGCGGUGACGAGGAGGGAGAAACGAACCAUCCUGACGAACUUUAAGCAAAGAUGGAGUGAGCCGCCCAAAGACCACCUCGUUAUCCCGGAUGCCUUUGGGAACCACGGUGUGGCCCCGCCAGGUGAAGAUGAUGAACAUAAAGGGGUCUUCAGGAGGCUCAGCUCCAUGUUGCCCUCCAUCCGCAAAGGCAGAAGAGACAAGGCCAAAGCCCCUGAGCCUCUGGAGGCGCUGCAGACCCCGCCGUCAGAGGAAAGACUGCCCCGCUGCGUUAGCGGGCAGUACUUCUUUGAGUAUCUGGUGGUAGUCAGCCUCAAGAUGACCAAAGUCGGCACCUAUGAACCUCAGAUCACCUACCAGUUUCCCAAGAGAGACAUGAUGGCGAGGUUUCAGAAAGAGGAGGAGGAGAAGACCUUGAAGGCCAUCACCCUCUUUUGUUUCCCAGAAGGCAUCAGCUGGGCUCCUUUAACAGAAUACCACAGUGAAACCUUCUCCUUCGUUCUGACUGAGAUCGACGGCAGCAGAAGGAAUGGAUACUGCAGGAGGCUCCUGCCAGGAGGAAAAGGAGCUCGACCACCAGAGGCGUACUGCAUCAUCAGCACUCUGGCUUGUUUCGGCCUCUUCUCUGAGAUAUUCGACGAGGUGGAGAAGCGGCGGCAGAUCUCCACGGCCUUGGUCUACCCGUUCAUGCAGAAGCUGAGAGAAGCUCAGUUCCCGGCUCCCGGACACACCGUGGAGAUUAAGAGCUUCAUUCCAGAGUCGGGCACCGAGAUCAUCCGUCUGACCCGACCGCUGGACUCCUGGCUGGAACACGUGAACUUCCACACGCUGUUCGACUGCCUGACGGACGCCGAGGUUCUGCUGGUGUUCGCAGCCGCGGUUCUGGAGAGGCGGAUCAUUUUCAUCGCCGAGGAGCUGGGGAAGUUGUCUCAGGUUCUUCACGCCGUCGCAGCCCUGCUCUAUCCUUUCACCUGGCAGCACACCUUCAUCUCCAUCGUCCCAGAGAUCCUGAUUGACGUCGUCAUGGCGCCCACCCCCUACCUGCUGGGGGUCCAGAAGCGCCUGCUGGACCAGGUCCUGCAGGACCAGAGCGACGAAUAUUUCAGAGGAAGAUCGUUGAGGAUCAGAAGAAAAGGGACAAGCUGAGGAAACAUUAACUAACAGAGAGGGACUCUGGGAGUACAAAUAUAUAUAAAUAUCUAUAAAUAUAUAUUUUAACGGUACAUCAGAAAAAAUGUGAAUACAGUCCGUUGCACUGCAGGUUUUUAUUUUGCUGGCCUGGUUUUAACAAGGAAAGUGUCCAUCACUGUACGACUGCUGCUACUCACGGUGUCAGACACUGGCUGCACGAGAGGCUGGUGGUCCCGGACCGGUUCUUCAGGUCCGCACGCCUUCAGGGCUUCUGUUGACGUUUCUCUCCAUUUCUUUCCUUUUUCUUAAAGUUAUUUGCACUCUUCGACCAACGAGGCGACGAACUCCUGGAUCACGUUUAAAAACUCGCCUCUGCUGAGUUUUCGUUCUAAGACGUGUAUAAAAUCUAAACGGCCUCACAACGCUGAAGUUAAAUACUUACCGUAGACGUUUUUCUGUAAAUCUGGUUAUUAAAUGGCAACAAAAACUAGAAACAGAUUGAGGCUCCUCGUACGCAGGCUCCCUCUGGUGACUGGAAAAAUACAGUUUAAGAUCAUUCUUUAUUUCAUUGUUCCUGCAGAACCCUUGCGUCGGCUUCUUUACCUGCUGGACUGUGUGGCCCCGGACAUUUCAGGUCUAUUUGUCUUGUUUUGUAUUUUUGUGAUGUUGCAUUAAAGGUACUCUAUGCAAACUAGAAAACGUAAAAGGUUCGCCUUUUUUUUAAUGAUGCCGUUUGAGAGUUUACUCCAGUAGUUUUCUAGAUUUGUUUGCAUGAAGUUAUGAAAUGCGGGUACGCACCUAAUGUAAACAAGCACCGGACUGAUCAGCAUCAGGCCGGCUUCGCUCUGUACAAACAUGUUGGAAUGAGGCGAGCACAGAGAAGGUGUUGAAAUAAAACAAAGA